AUGCCUCGCCACGGCCAUGCGCUGCUCGCCGCGCUCCUCGCGUCCGCGGUCGCCGCGGCGAGCGCGCAGCCGAGCUACGGUGACUACGGCCAGCAGGUUCACGUCAGCACGGCCAUGAUCGCGCUCCUGGCCGCCGUCAUCGCGGUGUUCGUCUUCAUCGCCUUCUUCACCGUCUACCUCCGCCACUGCACCGGCUACGCGGCCAGGUCGGACGACGACGACCGCGCCAUGCCCAAUUUCGACGCCCUCAUCUCGCGGUCACGGAGGCAGCGGCGGCCGCGCGGGCUCGACGCCGAGGUGGUCGAGGCUUUCCCCACCAUGAAGUACGCCGAGGCCAAGGCGCUGCGGGUCGGCAAGCAGGGCGGCGCGCUCGAGUGCGCGGUGUGCCUCAGCGAGUUCGAGGACGAGGAGCGGCUCAGGCUCCUGCCCAAGUGCAGCCACGCCUUCCACCCGGACUGCAUCGGCGAGUGGCUCGCCAGCCACGUCACCUGCCCCGUCUGCCGCUGCAACCUCGACCCUAACAAGCAGGAUACCAGUAGCGAUGAGGAGCCCGCCAGUUUCCCGUCGAUUCCAGUAGCGAGCAGCAUCUCCAGCGAGAUUGCGGUGUCUGGGCAAGGACCACUACCAGUGGCCGUGGUGAUCGAUGUGAUCACCGAGGAGGAGGAAGAGGUGCGGAGGCAGGAGGCGCUGGAGCUGCAGCAGAUAGGGACCCAGCGGCGAGCCAUGCGGUCGCGGUCGGGGCGCAAGCCGGUUCCGACGCAGCUCGCCAGGUCGCACUCCAUGGGCCACUCCCUCGCCGUCCGGCUCGACCGCGACCUGGAGCGGUUCACGCUGCGGCUGCCGGAGCACGUGCGCAGGGAGAUGGUCGCCGCGGGCGAGCACCACAGCAUGCAAUUGCGUCGCGGGCGAAGAGCCGGGGAAGGAAGCAGCCGCGGCGGCCGAAGCGCCCCGCUCGGCCGGCCGGGCAGAUGGCAGUCGCUUCUUGCGAGGACGUUCUCCGGGAAGCUGUCGUUCUUUUCGGCGUCCAGGAUGACGAUUAGCUCCGAGCUGGGAGAAGUGUCGUCCUCGUCGUCCACGAGGGCGAGAGGGAAGCGUGUGGCCGCCGUUGAUGCCGCCGACGUUCCUGCUAAGGGGAGCGUCCGCCUUGACCGCAUCGGAGGCGGCGGCGGGUCCGGUGCAGAAGCUGGCGCUGCGUCCCGCGAGGUGGCGGCAGCGGCGGACAGGGAGAAGAAGGCAGCUACGCAGCAGGUUCGCACGUAG